UUCAAGUGAACAAUUGAAGGUUUACAUUGGUCAACCAGGACAGAGCAUAAAGGCCGUGGAGAGGCUGAGGUGGAGAGUAUAGCUAAAACAGUGACUGCUAAUCAGAAUCCAAUCCAAACUAAUAUUAAUGCUGUCUAGUGCAAUUUUAAGUUACAAGAAAAUAACAGCAGUGCCUGACCCACAGGAUUAGACUGAACUGACAAUCAACCUGAGUUUAAUCUUAGUAUUCGGUAACCAAGGCUGAAAUAAGGUCAUCAAUGCAAUUUGAAAUUGUGUGAGUGAGAGUGGGGUUGGGCAAUGAUAUAAUCACGGGUGUUUUGUUGAGGCUGCAAACUCGAGGUUCUGAUGUCGAGUGGCCCAGAUAGCCACCCCACGAUCACGAGUGCUGUGUUGCUUUGAUACAUUAAUUAAACCGCCGACUAAUAAACCUUAAAACACCAGAUUAUCCUAUUAUUAUACGAAUUGCCCCCCAGUUUUUGAUCAAGCUGAAGUUGUCCUCAAGCUGCAGAGAGGCUGGCUCAACUGUCGCUGCCGAGUCAGGGUUGUGAAGAUGUCCUGUUGAUUCCGGAUGUCUCUUAAAUGGUGGAUCCCAGCGUCUUCAGUUCGGUCCCUGGAAAAAUAAAAAAGAUCAUUCCCUCCAGUCCCCGUUGACCUCAUUCUUGUCAGGUAUGUGUAUAAAGCCUUGUCAGCCUUAAAAAGCCAAUUCAGAACAAAGAUACACAAUGCAACGUAACAAAACCGUUGUAGAUAGAAGUUGCAGCAGUGUGAAUUGAACGUUGCAAGUCGUCAUAAGACAGUUGAAUUGCAGUUACAAGGUUUUAGAACACUUUUACUUCAGUGCUGAUGACGUCUUGCCACUCACGUCAGUCAAGGCCAGCAGAGGCUUCACGAUAUUAUUAGGAGAGUAGGAGAAAAUAAUUAUCCACUUUGCGUAAGGAACGCUACUGUUUGCAAAACAUCAGUCGCGUAACAAGUAUGCCAAGUAUGCUUUAUUGGUUAACGUUACCAGCAAGCUAGUUAGUAAAAACAAGUGGUAUAGUAAAGGUGUCGUUAUGGAAACGGUGGUGAUGUUGAUAGAAGUUGCAUGGGUGUGAACCCUGUUGCAUGUAUUUUCAUCGCAAAUCUUUGGUCUGAAGCCCGCAUUUGCAUCACAAAUCUUUGGUGUGAAGCCUGCUAUAAGACAGUUUAUGGCUAGAUUGUAUUGAAACCUCAAUCACACGUUAAAAUGUGAAACAUUUUACUUCACAGGAUGAGUGAGGAAAAACAGUUACGGGCAAGGCAGUACCUCCGUUCAUGGAGAUCUGCUAAACAAGUGAUGAAUAGGAUAGCUGAAAGCACUGCCAGUGUUUGUGUCACAGAACACCAUCUGGCUGAUGCCAGCUUGUCCAGCAGUCCAUCCGGUGUUCUUGCGCCUGUUGGUGACAUGGACAACUCCUUGGACUUGGAUGAGUCAUUUGAGGAUCGUUCUGCUUUGGAGGAUGACCUCGAUGACUGGAUGGAUGUUGAUCCCUCUGAUGAUGAGGAAGAGGUUUUAGGGGAUGACCUGGAGGCGUCCGACCAGCGUCCGGCAUCGCUCGCAUCUGACCUCGCUAGCUGGGCUUGCCAGUUUCAGGUGAAACACAACGCUGUUGAUGACCUUUUGAAAGUUUUGAGAGGUCACGGACACACUGACCUGCCUUCCAUCACCAGGACACUCCUGAAGACACCCAGGGAGGUCAGGAUCACUUCAAAGUCUGGUAUGGAGUAUGUCCAUUUUCCUAUCAAGGACAAAUUGCAACAGACUCUAUUGAGAUACCCAGCAGACCAGGUCCCUGACUGUGUUGACCUUUCCUUCAACGUAGAUGGGCUACCUCUGUUUAAGAGCUCAGGAAGAACAAUGUGGCCCAUCCUUUGUGCUGUCCAUUUAAAACCAGUGUCAGUCUUCCCUAUCACCCUGACUUGUGGAGGUUCGAAGCCACAGAAUCUGGAAUUCCUGGAAGACAUGGUGAUGGAUGUCAACAACCUCCUGUCCAGUGGCCUGCAAAAUAUGAACAAAACAAUAAAAUUCCACAUUCUUUGUUUUGUGUGCGAUGCUCCUGCAAAGGCCUUUGUGAAGAAUGUAAAACUUUGCACAGGCUAUUAUGGGUGUGACCGGUGUGUGCAGAGGGGUGAGUGGUAUGAGAAGGUUACUUACCAAGACACAGAGGUGGUGGCUCGUAGUGACGACUCCUUCCGCCAACAGACACAGGGCGAGCAUCAUCAUGGUAGCACCCCGCUUUUGGAUUUACCCAUAAACAUGAUCAGUGCAUUUCCCAUCGAUUACAUGCACCAGGCAUGCUUGGGUGUAAUGAAGAGGCUUCUCUUCAUGUGGUGCAGAGGAGUGAAGGGCCUGAAGAUGUCGGCAACCCAAAUAGAGGAGGCCGUCAGGAGGAACAAGAGGGCGGAGACAAAGUCCUGUGUGGAGACAGGAAAUGAGGACAAAGGGAGGCGGAUCAUCGUCAAACCCCCCAAAAAAAGAUUACUCCCCUCCUUCACCGGCAAGAGACGUUUUUACAGAAAAUGA